CUUGCUUGUUGCAUAAAAAUAAUAAUAUCAAGAAGUACAAGCUAUAAAAGCCAUGCUUUUUAGAGAAUGGCGUCUAUCUCUCUUAAGCAUCGUCAUACCAUUUUGGCACGUAAAAAAAUCUCUUCAUUUUGGUAAAAUUUCAUACCGUGUCAGACAAAAUAAAUGCUAUCAUGCCAUGCUCUACAGGAGCACUCUUUAUAUUCAUUCAUCUUAUCUAUUUGGCAGGCUUUCAUAUCCUACUUUUGCCGGGAAAAAACUUCACAGCAGGAUAAAUGUUCAAAAUGUGCAGGCGCUUUUUCGGUAAU